AUGUCGAGCGGAAAGAAAGGCCGGGGUCGCCAAAAGAUCGAGAUGAAAAAGAUGAGUGACGAGAGCAACUUGCAAGUUACUUUCUCAAAGUGCCGUAGCGGGCUCUUCAAGAAAGCCGGUGAGAUUUGCACCCUUUGUGGUGCAGAUGCUGCUCUUGUUGUAUUCUCACCUAGUGGAAAGCUAUUUUCCUUUGGUCACCCCAAUCUUGAUACGGUCAUAUACUGUUAUCUUUCCCUCGUCCCACCCCAAAACAAUGGCACUAUGCAAUUCAUUGAGGCUAACCGCAAUGCCAACGUGCGCGAACUCAAUGCUCAGUUGACUCAAAUCAAUAACAUGAUGCAUGCCGAGAAGAAAAUUGGUGAUGAGCUGAGCAAUUUGCGCAAGGAAAUGGGGGCUAAGUUAAUACAUACUAACAAAUUUUUGAAAGCUCGACAAAGGAUCAAAUUACUUUUUGAACGAAGAUAUGAUGGGCAAAGAAAAAAAAUAAUAAAAGUUACUUGGCCGUGUGCUUUAAUGGUGGCUUUCUGA